UGUUUUCCAGUCUACAGCAAUUGUGCUGAGCUCUAUGAAGCCGGUUUGCGAACCAGUGGUGUCUACACUAUCGACCCUGAUAGUACUGGAGCCUUUGAUGUUUAUUGUGACCAAACAACUGCCGGUGGGGGAUGGACUGUGUUCCAAAAGAGACUGGACGGCUCGGUUGAUUUCUAUCUCGGCUGGCACGACUACAAACGAGGCUUUGGAAAUCUGAAUGGUGAAUUUUGGCUCGGACUAGAAAAGAUUCACCGACUGACAAAAGAACAAAGCAGGCUUCGGGUAGACCUGGAAGACUUCGAAAACCAAACAGCUUACGCUGAAUACGACUCCUUCGGUGUGGGUGAUGAAAAGAGCAAGUACAAGCUGGGACGUCUUGGACAAUACGCUGGUAAGCAUAAUACUACACAGGAGCCUAUAAUGGACUCCUGUACUACAUUAAUGAUGAAAACCAUAAAAAGGGGUAACGUUUAGGUUACUAUUUGAGAGGUGCCAGUUAUUCAAAAUUUAAAAACUUAGAAAUUUAGAAAACUGGCAACUGUCGUCCGGUAUUCCUGUACCCGAUCUUUAACUCAGACGUUUCUUGGUUUCACCGAUCUACUAUGUUUCAGCGAUUGCAUUGUUUUAACGCGAUUCUUAGUGUUGCAAGAAUAGUUUGUUCAUAGUAGCUUGCUAUAAGCGCGCGUGAUUAUUCCAACUCGAUCACAGGCCCGGGAUCUAGGAUCCUUAGACGUGGGAUCGGGAUCAGUAGUGCUGUGAGGUGAUCAGGGACAGUUUUCCGACAAAAAAAUGCUUUAAUGGCAAGGACCUGCCCUCGUUUGCAAACUCAGUUGUAUUAUUGGUGUAACAAUUUGUUCCGGUACUUAAGUGUACACAAUACGACUUUAUUUUGAUAGUGGCGUUGACUCAUUUUGUUUUGACUCAUUUUUUUGUAACUAUACCUUACAUUCAAUGAAAUACCGAAUUGGCCUGGGUUUUUUGACUGCCAAAUAAGGACUUAAUAAGAAAAUUCAUACAAUGGACAUUACCUUUUGCCAAUGAUUUCUCUCUGCACCCCGAACAAUGAUUUUAUACAUGCCCUUUCGACAAUGAAAGACGAGGUUUUUCAGUGGACAAACCCCUGUUAUCACAGCAAUUCUUAUUGCUCUUGGUACAUACUGUAACUUGUAUUUUUCUGCUGACCAUGCUCAAGAGACAAUACAUGGUCUCUUGCAAGCCUUUAGCAGCUCCCGAUCCCAAGCCUCUGAUCAACGCAAAUAUCAAGUGGCAAGUGUCGGGAGAAGACGGCAAAUAAUGAAGCCUGUUCUUAUUAUGUUAGGGAGAAAGUGUGCGAAACAUCUUAACCAGACUUACAAAGGCUACAAGGCGAAGGAGUAGUCGAUCCUGGCUCUGUAAAAUAAUGUACUUUCUAACUUAGCUCGUUGUUCGGCAGGCCAGUGGCCUUUAUCAUUGCCCAAAGAGAACUCAGUCUGAUCUCGUUUUGCCACUUAAAACUUAAUCAAAAUUCUCAAAAAGUCGUGCCUUUUGCAGGUACCUUUUUUGAAUAGCUCUCCCAGCUUACUCCAACCUCAGUGAGCUGGUAAACUGCUUACAGUUAUGUCAUGGGGUAACUCAACCGAAUAUAAUCGAAAUCUACAUCAGUAAGAGGAUUAAGUGAGUUGGUGAGGUAUACAACUAGAGGUCAUGUGGCUGAAAAGAGUUGGUCAACUGGUGCUACCAAGGCGACGACUGAGAAAAAGCUAGCUAGUGCAAACCCCAUUUAUUCUGAAUCAAUCAGCCAAUCUUACUGACAUUUCUUUUUGUGUGAAUAAAACUUUGCUAAAUGGGAUUGAUCUCUUUUUAAAACGGCAAAAAACAAAAAGUGUUUGGUUUGUUACGGAAACGUGACGGAUAUAAGAAACUUCCCGUUUCCGUCGAGUUUACAAAAUACGGAAACACGUCAUUUCGUCUUGUGAAACGCUCUAUAAUGUGAGCCGUCUAAAGUGAAACUAUUAUGAUAGAAUUAAUGAUAGCUAAUGGAACUGGAGUAAGUAUCCGGAGCAAAUGUGUGGACUAGAAAGUAUCACCCGUUUACGUUUAUUUACAAGGAAAAAGUAUGCCAAGUCACAGUUCAGAUAAAAUAACUAAAGAUUAAAGAGUGUGAUAAGUAGACUGUAACAUAGUUGAGGUUAAAUGCCCUAUUUGUAACGGUAAAAAUGCCCGUUUAACUUAUUUGGAGUGCCGCUGCUCUCUCACUUUCCCGCCGAAACGUCUAAAGAAAGGUUAGUUAGGACCAUUAAUAAAAAUUUAUGGUAAGAAAUGAGAUUUGUGUUUAUAAUUUUAGGAACUGCUGGUGACUCUCUUACAUGGCAUCAUAAUAUGUCAUUCUCUACCAAAGAUCAAGACAAUGACCUGAAUCCUGGCAAGAACUGUGCCAUUGCAUUUGAGGGAGCCUGGUGGUACAAUAAAUGUAAUGCCUCCAACUUAAAUGGUCGUUAUCUUAAUGGGAAUCACUCCUCUUAUGCCAACGGUGUAAACUGGGUUCACGGGAAAGGCCAUCAUUACUCCGCCAAACGCGCUGAAAUGAAAACUAAACCAGUAAAAGCCUGA